AUGAUACAAGGUCUUUGUGAAGAAGGCCUACUGGAUGAAGCUAAAGAGUUGUUCGUGAAAAUGGAAAAAAAUAGUGGUUUGCCAAAUGAUGUCAAUUACAACACUAUCAUAGGAGGAUUUCUUGGACAACAAAAGUGCUAUGAGGUGUUGGUACUUCUUGAGAAAAUGCUUCAAAAGGGAUUUUCACCUGAUGCAUCUACUUCUUCCUUGAUUGUAGAUCUAAUCUCAACUAGAGGACAGGAUCCCACUCUCCAAGACGUGAUAAAGAAGUUCUUCCCAAAGGAUAGUCAUGGAAUGCAUGAGAUUGAAUUCUUUUGCGAGGGAUUGAAGUUCUAUAUUAGUGCUUAUUUCCUUAGUAAUUUGGGACCGAUGAGAACCAGUGACACAUGUAGAGAUUGCAUUCUUGGGCAAUGGUUGUCAAUAGCGAAACUUGGCCGUUCGAGUGGUUGUAGAAGAUUAAAUGUCUCCGGAAUUUUAGCAUGUGGUGUUGGAGGAGACACAACUGCUGUAAUCAAUUGGAUUGGUUACAAUAAUGGUUGUCUUUGCAAGGACAUAAAUGUGGAUGAUGCUUUGAGCCUCUUAGUGGAAAUGAUCCAGCAGGAUGUUGCACUAGACGUGAUCACUUACAGCACUUUGAUUCAUGGAUUAUGUAAUUUAGGCCGAUGGGAGGAAGCAAAAAGAAUGUUGAGAGACAUAAUAGACAAGAAUGUUUUUCCGGAUGUUCUGACAUUUACUACACUAAUAGAUGCACUUUGCAAAGAAGGCAUGGCAAAAGAAAUAGAGGUUGUUCUUGAAGUCAUGGUCCAAAGAGGUGUUGGUCCCAAUGCAGUCAAAUAUGGUACACUCAUGGAUGGUUAUGUUGGACAAUCUUCACUUCUUUGCAAGGACAUAAAUGUGGAUGAUGCUUUGAGCCUCUUAGUGGAAAUGAUCCAGCAGGAUGUUGCACUAGACGUGAUCACUUACAGCACUUUGAUUCAUGGAUUAUGUAAUUUAGGCCGAUGGGAGGAAGCAAAAAGAAUGUUGAGAGACAUGAUAGACAAGAAUGUUUUUCCGGAUGUUCUGACAUUUACUACACUAAUAGAUGCACUUUGCAAAGAAGGCAUGGCAAAAGAAACAGAGGUUGUUCUUGAAGUCAUGGUCCAAAGAGGUGUUGGUCCCAAUGCAGUCAAAUAUGGUACACUCAUGGAUGGUUAUUGUUUGCUAGGCCACAUGGAUAGAGCAAUAGAAGUUUUUCAUUCCAUGGUGGAUAAGGGCAUCAAGCCUAGCACUCUAAGCUAUAACAUUUUGAUCAAUGGAUGUUGCAAGAAUAUGAAAUUUGAAGAGGCCAUCAAUCUUUUCUGUGAAAUGCCUUGUAAAGGAUUGAAACCCACAAUUGAUACUUAA